AACUCUGUCUACGACAUGAUUGCUGCACUUAAUAAACCCGACUUUGGUUCUUUUACCUAUGCCAGUCAAUCUCCUGCAUGUGGGCAAUGUCUUAUUGUGAGGGGACCCAAAGGCACAGUGGAAGUUCAAGUGGUUGAUAUGUGUCCCGGAUGCAAGUCUGGGUCCUUGGACCUGUCACCAGGCGCAUUCGCACGUAUUGCAGACAUUGAUGCAGGACGUGUGCCUAUUUCAUGGGAACGGUGCCCAUAG